AUGGAGCUGGCUCCCGGUGCCAUACUCAGCACAGAUCGGUUCAUUAGAGGGAUCAGUCUAAUACAGAGAGUCGCAAAAUUAGAAAAAUGCAGUAAUUAUCAAAAGGUCUAUGGAAGCAGCCAUCGAGACCAAUUUGUGUUUCGCCAAGGUGCUUUUAUGAAAACAAACGUCCUUCGUUCCCGUGUAUUUCCACCUGUCGACAAUAAUCAAAAUAUUAUUGCUGGAGAUGAUAGAGCGAAUAUUUUUGUUGGCUUAGCUGCUUUGCAUACUCUUUUUGUGCGGGAACAUAAUCGGUUGGUUUUAUGGAACAAUAAAUUAUUUUUUAUUAAAAGUAUCAGGGAUCUAACCGGAUUGAUUACAGAAAAUAUUGAAUUUACAUGA